UGUCCUCAAUUACCAACUCCACUACCCAAACCAUUUUGUCAUCUGCUAAAAGAAUGGAAUUCUGGUUCAUCAUCCUCAUCUCCAUCUCCAUAGCUGCCCUUCUCAAAGCUCUCAUCAACUUCGCAAUUCCUACUAACAAACCAACCAACAAACUCCCUCCCUCUCCUUUUACCAUUCCUAUCAUCUCCAACAUCCUAUGGCUUCGCAAAUCAUUUUUAGACCUCGAGCCAAUUCUUCGCUCUCUCUACGCCAAAUUAGGCCCUGUGGUCACUCUCCACAUCGGCCCUAGCACCGCCAUAUUUGUCUCUGAUCGCUUACUCACCCACCAAGCAUUAGUCCAGAACGGUGCAGUCUUCGCUGACCGUCCACCCGCUGGUGCUGCUGAACAGAUACUCACUUGCAAUCAACACAACAUCAACUCUGCUUCCUAUGGCCUGACAUGGCGCAUCCUGAGGCGUAACAUGUCUGCAGAGAUUCUCCAUCCUUCGCGAGUGAGAUCCUACUCGCACGCGCGCAAAUGGGUGCUGCAAAUUCUACUUGAUAGGUUAAGAUCAAAGUCUGAACCCGGUGAGGCAAUCCGUGUGGUGGACGAGUUUCAUUACGCUAUGUUUUGCUUGUUAGUGCUUAUGUGUUUUGGGGACAAGCUUAGUGAAAAUCAGAUUAAAGAAAUUGGGUCUGUUCAGCGAAACUUGCUUGUGCGUUUCACAAAAUUCAACGUGCUAAAUUUCUGGCCGACUGCGACAAAGAUUUUGCUGCAUAAGUGGUGGCAAGAGUUCUAUAAGCUUCACCAAGAACAAAAGGAUGUGUUGAUUCCUUUGAUAAGAGCGCGAAAGAAGGCGAAGGAAGAGAGUUUGAGUAAAUUUAAGGAAGGCAAAGAAGAGUAUGUGGUGUCGUAUGUCGAUACUUUGCUCGAUUUAGAGCUUCCGGAAGAAAAGAGAAAGCUUGAUGAAGGGGAACUGAUGACUUUGUGCUCUGAGUUCUUAAAUGGAGGAACAGAUACUACUUCGACUGCACUGCAAUGGAUUAUGGCUAAUUUGGUGAAGUACCCACAAAUACAAGAGAAGCUAUUUAGAGAAAUCAAAGGGGUUGUUGGAGAUGGGGAGGUAUUUUUGAUCAAAGAAGACGACUUGCAGAGGAUGCCAUAUCUAAAAGCUGUGAUCUUGGAAGGCUUAAGGCGUCAUCCUCCUGGACAUUUUUUGUUGACACAUGCAGUUACAGAGGAUACAACGCUGGAUAAUUACUUGAUACCCAAGAAUGGGGUUAUCAAUUUCGCUGUGGCGGAGAUGGGAUGGGAUCCCAAGGUGUGGGAAGACCCGAUGUCAUUCAAGCCGGAGAGGUUCAUGAGUAGCGAUGGUUGCAGAGCAGGAGAAGGAUUUGAUAUAACGGGGAGUAAAGAGAUUAAGAUGAUGCCAUUCGGGGUUGGUAGGAGGAUGUGUCCUGCUUAUGGAUUGGGAAUGCUUCAUUUGGAGUAUUUUGUGGCGAAUUUGGUUUGGAAUUUCGAGUGGAAAGCUAAAGAUGGAGACUGUGUUGAUUUGUCCGAGAAGUUCGAGUUCACGGUGGUGAUGAAGAAUCCAUUGCAGGCAUGCAUUUCUCCUAGGUCAAAAUAUCUACCUUAAUUUGUGGAUCUUACUAAGUAUUGUGGUUGAAAUUUCCUUUUGCGUUGGAUCGAAGUUUCUGAGUAACUAUUCAAUGGUUUUGGCAUACCACGCCAUAUAUACGUUGAUGUGGUGCACCAUAAUCAACGGGACGAUGUCAACUCAUAUGCAUUUGGUGUAUUCUUGAAAUUUGAAUUACAAAGUAACUAUCUUCAUUUUUAACUACUCAUGAAUUGUCAUCAACCGCUCGUGAAUUGACAUUAUCCUAUUGAUUCUCGUAUGCACAUUAGCAUAUAACAUGAUGUACCAGAAUCAUUGAGUAAUUUUUCGAAAGUUCUUAUGUAUUGAAUACUGUGAUCUACUUUCAGCAUAUUAUAUUACUGUACUUGCUUGA